AUGGUUAACAACUGUAGCAAGGAAGGAAGUGAAGGUUGCGAGGAGCAUCAGCUACCCGAUGAGAUCUUAAGUGAAGACGUAUUGAGGCCGACCGGUGCCGAAGACCCCGUUCAAAGAGAACCUUCCAUGUAUUUCCGUUGGCUCGUUCUUUUCGCGACCUGCCUUGUGAUGACGUGUGUUUACUACUCACUCGACAUUCCGGCUGCCUUGCACCAGAACUUGAAGAACUACAUGAACGAUUCAGCCUUUGAGCUCCGCUUCAAUCUUCUGUAUACUUUGUAUUCAUUCCCAAACGUUAUUCUACCAUUCUUUGGUGGCUACUUUACUGAUAAAAUGGGCGCGUCUUACUGCCUCAUGAUCUUCGCAGCAUUUUGUUUUCUGGGACAACUCAUAUUCGCAGCCGGAACCGCCUACAGAAACUGGACCUUUAUGCUCCUGGGGCGAGCUGUGUACGGUAUCGGAGGCGAAAGCAUAUGUGUGGCGUAUUCAACACUACUAACAGAGUGGUUUGCUGGCAAAGAGCUUGCGUUUUCCUUCGGGAUUGCGUUGGCAAUUAGCCGAUUGGGGUCUGUUUUUAACAAUUUGGCAAGUCCUGUUAUCGCCAACUCUUUCUCGACACCUUGGGCGCUUUGGGCGGGAGUGGCCUUGAAUUUCAUGGCUGUAGUCGUGGCAGCUGGAAUAAAGAAUGUGGACGCCCAACACAGUUCGAUAUCAUUAGCUAUGGAUGCCAGUGACAAUCCGUCAGAUCUUGCUCAGCCACUACUUUUACAGCAAAUCGAACAUGAAGGAACAAAUAGGGGCGGACAAAGGCCGGUCAGCAGAAUGGGCUUUCGACAAUUUAGCCCUAUGUUUUGGUUGUUGUCAGCGUCCUGCCUCACAGUUUACGCCUGCAUCUUACCUUGGAACAAUGUUGCUUCUGGGAUUCUGUUAGAGCGAGAUUUAUUCCAGGCCCCACCUGCCGAGUGCCAUUUGACCUUUCCCGAUCAAUGCUCAGCUGGAAACCUUCUUAAUUUUUCCAAUCCAGCGAUUGAUGCAAACGGUAAUACGUGCUCAGGAUCCAAUUUUGCUCCAGUCCUACCGUCAUCACUGAACGUUUCCGGAAUGGACGGGAAGCCAGAUAUUUUGAUAGAUCAUUUAUCCGCCGCCGAUGUUGACUGCGACAAGCCGUUCUGGUCGGAAGAUUGUGUUAAAGACUACUGUCAGGCUCUCGGGAAGGCUUCAGAAUCUGCAGGCCGUGUCAUGUCGAUUCCGUAUUCGAUAUCGGCUUGUCUCUCCCCUUUUCUUGGUGGUGUCGUUGACCGCAUUGGACAUAGAGCUACCAUUACGUUCGUGGCAUCCUUUCUUCUCAUUGGAGUACAUUCCACUAUGGCAUUCACGACUUUCAGACCGGCAAUACCAUUAAUUGGUCAAGGUCUUGCAUACGCCUUGUAUUCUUCCGUUCUUUGGCCCAGCAUAACGCUGACGGUCCCGCAAAGAAGCACCGGAGUCGCCUUUGGCGUGAUCACAUCUAUUCAAAAUAUUGGAUUGACCCUGGUACCAAUGGCGAUUGCCUCCAUAUAUACAUCGUCGGGGCAUUGCUACAUCCCCUAUGUGGAGCUAUUCUUUACAUGUUGCGCGGUGUCGGGUGCUAUGUUGGGUAUUGGGGUCAAUUUUCUCGAUCAACUGACUGGCAACAAGCUUAAUGGAAUUAGUGUACAAUCGCGUGCUGCUGAUCGAUAG